AGAAUGAGCAUUUGACCAGUGGUGUGUGCGCUCAUGGCACUCUAACGCGCUUUGGAUACGUGUCGUUAAUGUCCUCUGCUGCUUUCUCUACAAUUCCCCUCUUUUUUUAUAUUCCAUCUGUGCUAAAACAAUCAUCAAUCAUCCUCACACAGCAGAGAUGCAGAUCUGUGAGAGUCUAGUUUUGCCCUGAAGCAGAUUCUUCUCCUCAAUCCGAUCAGCCAUUCUCCAUUUCUGCCUUUUUGAUCGCCACAGCGAAUGGAAAAAUGCAUUUUUUUUAACGCUGCCAUGUGAUUUCUGCGUUUUCAAGUCACUAAAACCAACCAAUGCAAUGCAAAGUGACGCUACUAGGCUGUAUAUGCAUGAAGAUACAAACCUUAUAAAGGACGAGAGGUGAUUUCGCGUCGCAGCCACAGUCUGCCUGCGUAAAAGCGCAACGCGGGAGCAGACUUGAAAAGGCAGGUUUGUGUUGGAUCGUCGUUCUUACAGUUGAUGCGCAGAAUGGAUCUCCCAACUCAGGCUUUGAGCUCGUUGCUCAUAAAUCUACUGGAGAGCUCGAUUUCCUAACAGUGGCCAUGGCUAUUAACCAUGAAGCUGGAGCCGGACACACCCAUCGCUUCCUUCUGUCCAAAAGAGACUCUCUGGUGCUACAUUGAACACACACUCUCCAAGAAUGCCAUCCGAGUGCGAGAAAGCCCAACGGACUGCUUAACACCCGCUGUUCCAUCUGAGUAGGAGGUGGCAACAAAAGACCAAAUGCCAUGGAUGUAUUCAAUUUCACCUUCUGGAAUGCCUCCGAAGGCAAUGACACAGAAGUUGUGGAAGAGAGCGAAAGCGCCUACAAGACCGUGGAGGUGGUGUUCAUCGUGUUGGUGGCCGGUUCCCUCAGCUUGGUUACAGUUAUUGGAAAUAUCCUGGUCAUGCUUUCCAUCAAAGUUAACAGGAACUUACAGACUGUCAACAACUAUUUUUUAUUCAGCCUCGCAUGUGCUGACCUAAUUAUCGGACUGUGCUCUAUGAACUUGUACACAGUCUACAUAGUAAUGGGGUACUGGCCCCUGGGGCCGGUGGUGUGUGACCUGUGGUUAGCCUUGGACUACGUCGUCAGCAACGCGUCUGUCAUGAAUCUUCUCAUCAUAAGCUUUGACAGAUAUUUCUGUGUCACCAAGCCCCUCAGCUACCCUGUCAAAAGGACCACCAAGAUGGCAGGAAUGAUGAUCGCAGCAGCCUGGGUUCUGUCUUUCAUCCUCUGGGCACCAGCUAUCCUCUUCUGGCAGUUCAUUGUUGGUGGGCGGACAGUGCCUGAGAAGGAGUGCUACAUCCAGUUCUUCUCUAAUGCCGCAGUCACUUUUGGCACCGCCAUCGCCGCCUUUUACCUGCCCGUCAUUAUCAUGAUUCAGCUGUACUGGCAGAUCUCCAGAGCGAGCAAGAGCCGCGUGAAGAAGGAUAACCGCAAGCCGUCAGGAGGCAAUCCGGAGCCCGUGUCACCUGGCCAGAGGAGGAACAACACACCAAAACCCAACAAUAACAACGUGCCAGGCGAGGACACAGGUCGCCCCCAGAGCCAGUGUGCUGAGGACGGAGCUAACCAGCAUGAUGGAAAACUGCAAAACGGCAAGGGACCUUCCUCGACCACUGCCGAGGGCGAGGCCGAAGGUGACGACGUGGCGAGGGAGAACUGCGCUCCCGGAGAGGAGAAGGAGAGCUCCAACGAUUCGACAUCCGGCAGCGUGGCCGCGUCCAAUCAGAAGGAGGAGGAGGCGGCACCCUCCACUGCUAACUCCAGUGCCGAGACAAGCCAGCCGCUCCCACGUCAGCGAGCCAAGGCCGGGGGCUCCAAGCUGACCUGCAUCAAGAUCAAGACUAAAUCGCCCAAGGGUGACUGCUACACACCCUCCAACGCCACCGUCGAGAUCGUCCCGGCUUCAGAUCGGCAGAACCACGUGGCACGGAAGAUCGUGAAGAUGACAAAGCAACCUCCCAAGAAGAAGAAAGCGCCGCCGUCACGGGAGAAAAAAGUGACCCGCACCAUAAUGGCCAUCCUGGUAGCAUUUGUUGCCACCUGGACUCCCUAUAAUGUGAUGGUGCUUAUUAACACCUUCUGCUCCAGCUGCAUCCCCAACACGGUGUGGACUAUUGGCUACUGGCUGUGCUACAUCAACAGCACCAUCAACCCGGCCUGCUACGCUCUGUGCAAUGCCACAUUUAAAAAGACAUUCAAACAUCUUCUCCUCUGCCAAUAUAAAAAUAUUAGGUCAGCCAGAUAAAUAUGGGCCACUUUGGAGGAUGAGCUGAAGUGAGUUGCCUGUGUGCCAUCCAUGUGUGUGAGUGUGUGUGUGACAGGAGUUUGUGAGCGUGAUAGAAGACUGCGAGAGUACAUUUAAAAUUACUUUACAUCAUUUUAUCCUUUUGUUUUCCAAUUUCUCUCUCAAUAACCGGUUGUAGCACUUUACACAAAUUCAACUGAUGCCAGUUGCGUUGAGAUGUGUCGUGCAGAAGCAGCAGCUAGAUAAGGAAGGUUGUAAAAAAAUUCAGUUUGACUCAGAGUUGUAAGCUCAAAAAAAAAAUGAGGGUGUGUAGAGCAGGGAGCACUUGGGAGUGACACUGAGCUGAGAGAAAAUGAGAAAAGAUAAAGAGCGGAGGAAGAUCUGCGCUGUACGAAAACACAAGACUUCAAAUGGGAAAAUAGGGCUGACUGAAUUUACAAACCUCUGAAGUUUGAAGUUCAGUGGAGAUACCUGUAGAUAACUGUACAUAUGAGUGUAUACUCAAUAUUUAUGUGAGUGCACAUGUGGGUGUGUGCUGGUAUGGAGUGUGUGUGUGUAUACACCCAUGUGUGCCCUUCUGCCUGCCUUCUUUCUGUCUGUCUGUGAUCCUCAUCAUGGCACUUCCAACCAGCAACAUGUAGAAUAAAGUAGGGCAGCGGGGGUAGAUUGCUUCUUACUGUACGUGGUCACAUCAGAGCUGGAAGCUAUCCCAUCUUCCAAUGAGCCCCUGUGGGAAUGAGUUGCCAUCAAUACAUAAUAUAAAUAUAAAUAUAUUAGAGCUGCAUUUCAGCCAAAUCACAAAAAAAACAAAACAUUUUUCACUUACCUCUCCUGGUGUGUAACCACGCAGGCAGUUAGCUUGCUUUUAUUUUGCCAAAUAUGUCUCAAAAGUUCUGCCUCCAUCCCAAAAUAAUGAAGGCGACUGCAAUUUGGUUUGUGCUCACAGCCUUUGAAAAAAAUUGCAUUUUAAAUUAUGUCAAUGUCCUGGCUCUACAGGCCUCACUGACAAAAGGUUUUUCCUCAGAACUACUUGGUCAGUUGUCAAGAAAUGAGAAAAUGUUCUCUUUUUUUAACAUGAUGUUGACCCAUUUUGUGCCAUAAAAUAAAGAAU